AGGAGGGGAAAAAAAAGGGGCCGCACACUGUUUAUUGCGUGCUCGCGCUCUCAACAUACCCAAACAAAAACGCUAGCAAAACGUCGAACAGCUGAGCUGCAUCUAACAAUUCACAAAUCCACAGUCCACACUCUCUAGUCUCUCUCUGCGUUCAACCACGAGAGUAGAAUUUCAGCAGCGACAAUGUUCGGAGCUCAAGCUUCCUCUUCUCCUUUCGGCCUGUCAUCGUCAACCUCAGUCUUCGGAACGCCAUCGUCAACCCCGGCCUUCGGGACGCCGUCGUCAACCCCGGCCUUCGGCACGCCGUCUUCAACCCCAAGCUUCUUCACUCCUUCGACCCCAGCCUUUGGAACUCCGUCGUCGUCUUCAUUUUCCACUGUUGGCUUCGGCGGCUCCUUCUUCGCCACUCCAUUCUCUUCUCAAACUCAACAGCAACAACAGCAGACGCCGUCGUUUCAACAACCUCAGUCUGCUGGUGGCUUUGGGUUUCAGAGUCCGUUCACUACGCCACAACAGCCGACUCCCUUCCCUAAUUCUCAAUUGACUACUCAGAUGGCUCCUGUUGCUCCUCUCCCCUUCUCUCUCGCCGAUCGCGAUAUUCAAGCAAUUGUUGACGCUUACAAGGAUGAGCCUGGAAACCCUAAAUAUGCUUUUAAGCAUUUGCUGUUUAGCGUAACUGAUCCGCAGUUCAGGGUGAAGCCUGCUGGUGUAUCAGAUAUAAUGUGGGCAGAGGCUAUGGGGAAGCUUGAAGGUCUGGAAAGUACUGACAGGGAACGCCUGUGGCCUCAGCUUGUUCAGGGUUUUAAAGAUCUUUCGCAACGCUUGAAGCUCCAAGAUGAAGUCCUUCUUUCAGAUGCUGAGAGAUUGCAAAUGACCCAAAGCAAUGUCAAGAUGCUUCAAAGGCAUUUUCAAGCUGACACUCUUCCUUGGAUCGAAAGAAUGAGACAAAAAGAACAAGGUCUUCAAAGGCGCCUUUUGAGGGUGAUGAGACUACUGGAGGCACUUGAGGGCAAGGGUUUUCGGCUGCCUUUAAUGAAAGGUGAAGCAGAAUUGGCUGAGAAGUUAGCUGCAAUUAAUAGACAGUUGAAAGGAUCGGGAGCUGAGUUAUCUAGGAGGGUACAAAACCUGGUAACGAUAUCCCGUGUCCAAGAAAAUGCUAUUGGUGCUGGUGGUUUAGUCUGUCUUCCGGGAUCAACCAAAAUACAUGAACAGAGUCUUGCUGAUAUGCAAGAGGUCUUACAACAGCAGACAGAAGCCAUUGCAAGACUUGGCAAUGUUUUGAAGCGCGAUAUUAGGGACAUGGAGAUUAUUAUGGCUGAGGAGACAGAAACAACAGAGAAUAUGAUUAUGAGCUAAGGCCGCAAAAUGACAGCUGUUUUGUCAACUGUAAUUUUUGCGUUUAAUUUAGUAACCAGCGGCAGGGUAGUUUUGAGCGGAAUUCUGGAAAUCAGUUUGGAUGAACAGAGAGAUGGAACUCAUUCAUCUACUUGCAUCUUUUGCAAUGAAUAUUCACUCUUGUGGAUCUACUUGCAUUGCCA